GUUAAUAAACAGUGCAAGGUGUUACUUUAAUUCCUAGGCAUUUUUUUUUCAUUUUCUCCUUAACUUGUUUCACUAAGAGUGAGUGCCUAGAAGGCUAGGCCAAGCAAUUCAUAAAAUUGACAAGUAUAGACAGCGAAAGCAUGGCUUUACUAUGGAAAUUUUUAUGUUUCGGUAUGGAAUAUGUUCGACAUUUUAUAAAGGAAAGCAAAAAAGCAUAGGACAUAAGUUGUGAAGGCAGUAAGCAGUGAUAAUUUUCACACAGACUCAACAGCAUUUUCAAAUUUGGAAGUCAGAUUUUCCCCGCUGGCCAAAUUUGGAGGGUUGUUGACAUUGUCCCAAGCAUCUGCUCAUUCUUAUCCACCCAUGCAGUGUGAAAAUCAAGAUAAUGUUGACCAUCAUCACUAUCAAUACAUUGCUGAAGUGAUCAGCGACGAUAGAAAGGUUAAUCGAAAUACCAAUCCCUUUAUCUGUAGCGAUGGCCAGCCUUUCAAUCUUGAAAAAGCAUCGCAAUGUGAUGACGAAGACCAGACCUUCUUCUUCUUGGGACCACAGCAAGAGUUGUUAUCUCCAGCUCUUUCUGCCUCUACUGCUUGUGAAUUGAGCUACGAUAACAAUGUUGACCUUGCCACCCGCAUCUUCUAUGCUACUUGCCACAAGUUUGCUACAGCAGCGCAGCAAGUUCCAAAGUAUUCCUUCCGUCAGAGUUUGCUUCUGCACAGCAUGUACAGCAAAUCGCAACAGAUUUUACUGGGAAUAGAAGAUAUUAAGCCAACUGUUAUCCUGUCUGGCGACGAUUUUAUGUUCACUCCGCCAGUGCAAACUGUCCAAUCAAGCUUGAGUGACUGGGCGCUGGAUGUGGAAGAUGACUCGUUCUUGGAUGGCUACAUUCUUCCGCAAAACGACGAUUAUGGAUGUUUUCUGGAGGAAGGCGGGAUGUCUAGUAACGCACAUUCCACUAAUAAUCCCUUUACGCAUAUGAGCGAAUCCAAUAGCAAGGAAGGUGUCAUAACAGGCAACGUCUUCGAAGCUUUCAUUCCAAUCAGUCCUAUGCAGACGCUGUCAAUCGAAAAUCAAAACGAUGACAAAAACGAUGAAGUUGCCGCGUCUACUACAUACGAUAUAAAAUCCAGCAGAGCAGUAUCAGAAAAGGAAAUAUCGAAUUGGUUCACAGCUAGCUCGGUGGAUAAAAUCGCACGUAGUCAAGAAUCUAACGACGCAGAGUACGAGGACGAAGAUGAGUAUACAGAUGCGGACGUGGAUGUGGAUGCGGACUCGAUUGAUAACAUAGAAAUAAAAAGCCAAGAGGAAUCUGAUGGCGAUGACUCGGAUGUCUAUGAAGCACAAAGUCAGGAAUCGGAAAGCCAGGAAUUGGUCCCACAAGACUCAGAGCCUCAGGAAACUAGUUCGGAAGUCGACCCAUUGCCGCAAAAUAAAGAAACUGGCGUACAAGGAGAAGCUUCUAUAGAAAAGGACUCAAAAACCAUAUCGACAGAACCUAUGGAAGAACCAGCUGAACCGGAGCCAUUGUUAAAAAUUAUGCGAGAGCUGGAAGGCUACUCUGUCGCAAUCACUUUAGCAACACCUGAUGGUAGCUCAUCGAUGAUUGGAUCUUCCACCAAUGCCUCUGAAGGAAUGGCUGGUCCCAAAGAAGUUCAUCAAGGCAUUCGCACCUACAUCACGACUUUGCAAACUCUUGUUCAUCAAAAAUUGGUAGACUCGAAUUCUUCACAAACUGUCACAGCCAAUGGAAAACGUGUGACAACAAAUGUUGGCUUCUUUAGAAGGUGGUUAUCAUGGCUUUCAAGCGUGAUUAAGGUGUGGAAGCUCUUUUUCCUCAUUGCAGAAUCCUUACUGGUAUCUUUUGGUGAUGCUGUUUUACAGAGGAUUAUCAUUCAUACUCUCGGUCGUCAGCUGGAAUCAGCACCCGUCAUUGCAACUUCAUGAAUACUUUCAUCCCUCUAGUAAUCCGCCAAUUUCGUCCAUUCCGAUCGUAUCAUACUUUUGAAAUAUCGACAAUUAUCCGCUUUUUGCUCAAUAGUGUCAACUAGCUAUAUUAAUCCAAUCUUCAUCUGCACAUGCUUAUUUACUCUUCUUCUUGCACUAUAUUUUGUCUUUUUCAAAAAGUUCUAUUGCAUAUAACCUCUCGCCUUGCAUCAUUAUCCUCUCAAUCCAAAAAAUAAAUGCACAUAUUUAUAUAUCAGUGUAAUAUGGGAUUCAACAUGUUAGGAUGUACAUAUACUCUGCUAAAGAGUAAAUCUUAUCUACUAUUCCUAACGCCUUAAUGUUCUUUC